GAGGAGGACAAGGUGCCCUGCCCUCGAAAUGACCAGACCCAAGAGCUAUGUUUGACGACGACAUAUAAAAGUGAGCACCGUUAACAAAUGGUCAUCAGUUUGAUCUGGAUCUACCAACAGUAGCAGUUCAUUUUCAUCAAUUCUCACAAUGAAGGCUUUUGUUGCUGCUCUUUCUUCUUUGGCUGUGGCCUCCGCUGGCAUCAUUGCCGCUCCCGGAACCUACUUGAACGGUUUGGGAUACAACGGUCUUUACGGCGCUGCCACUCCCUAUGGUGUUGCCGCUGCCGCCCCCUACGGUGUUGCCGCUGCCGCCCACUACAACCCCUAUGCUUACGCCAGUGCCUACCCCUUGGCUGAGCCUUACUUCCACCAAGAGGUCCUUGCUGAGCCCUAUGUCCAUGAGGAUAUUGAAGCCGAGCCCUAUGUGCACGAAGAUAUUGAGGCCGAGCCCUAUGUGCAUGAGGAUAUUGAGGCCGAACCCUAUGUCCAUGAGGAUAUUGAAGCCGAGCCCUACAUCCACCAAGAGCCCAUUUCUGCUCCCGUUGCCAUUGCUCCCGUUGCCGCUCCUGCCGUGAUCUCCACCUACAACACCGCUCCCAUUGCUUACAAUGGAGCUUAUGCCGCUGCUUACCCCACCGCUUAUGCUGGUUACAACGGACUUUAUGCCGGUGCUUAUCCCACCGCCUUCGCUGCCCCCGCUUACAAAACCCACUAAACAAUGCCAACACCCCAUUGUCAGCGUCAAAGAGUUGAACACAGUGCAAAUAUCCUCAACACCCUCGACAGACAGGAUGUGGGUCGUCAGUUCGAUAAAAGACUAAAAAAUCAAAAGAAAAAAAGACUUGUCCUGUGACCUCAUUCAGGCCCCCGUUCCCGCAUCAAAACUUUUACGUGGAGCCCACAUCCCCCGAACAUCCUUUCUAUGUAGAACCAGCUACAGCCCAGCAACAAAAAAGAAGAGAACCAGCACUUCUAAAGCCAUAAGAGAUCUUCGUGAGCUUUUCAUGAAGGUCUGUUGUGUUUGGUGAAGAUUUAAGAACUUGAGUUCUGUUGAUAGUCCAUGAAAAUUUCAGCCGUCACAGGGACGAAAUAAAGAUUCUCAAAAGCCUGA